AUGGGUGUCACAGGUCUAUGGCAGAUCGUGCAGCCUUGCGCACGGCCCAUCAAGAUCGAGACCCUCAAUCGCAAGCGACUCGCCGUCGACGCCAGUAUCUGGAUAUACCAAUUCUUGAAGGCUGUGCGCGACAAGGAAGGAAACGCACUGCGUAACAGUCAUGUCGUCGGAUUCUUCCGUCGCAUCUGUAAGCUGCUCUUCUUCGGCAUCAAACCUGUCUUCGUUUUCGAUGGAGGAGCUCCCGCUCUCAAGAGGCAAACCAUCCGAGCGAGAAAGUCGCGUAGGGAGGGCAAGCGUGAAGAUGCGGUUCGAACAGCGGGAAAGCUAUUGGCGAAGCAGAUGCAGAGGCGUGCAGAAGAGGAGGACGCCAGACAGCGAGCCGAACGGGCACACCCAGCAGAACAGGAGGAAGAGGUGCCAGAUGAGGGGCUCGUGUACGUGGAAGAGUUGAACAUGACACAACAAGAGCGGCAGCAGAAUCGGAAGUUCAAGAAGAAGGAUGCAUACCACCUGCCUGAACUGGAUAUGUCGAUGGCCGAGAUGGGCGGUCCCAACGAUCCAAGGGUCAUGUCGCUCGAGGAUCUACAAGAAUAUGCACGGCAAUUCAACACAGGAGAGGAUAUCAACGUAUACGACUUUUCGAAGAUCGACUAUGAUGGCCAGUUCUUCAUGUCGCUCCCUCCAUCCGAUCGUUACAACAUCCUGAAUGCUGCGAGACUUCGCAGUCGACUACGUAUGGGACACUCGAAAGAGCAGCUAGACAGCAUGUUUCCCGAUCGUAUGGCGUUCUCAAAAUUUCAAAUCGACAGAGUGCGGGAACGUAACGAAUUGACACAACGCUUGAUGCACCUCAAUGGCUCCGAGACUAUGGAGUUCGGCGGCGGAAGGAUCGCCGGCGAGAAGGGCAGAGAAUAUGUUCUCGUCAAGAACGAUGGAGUCGAAGGUGGAUGGGCGUUGGGCGUGAUCAGUGAUGAAGGCAAGGAAGACAAGCCUAUUGACGUGGAUAAGCCGGUGCGAGUGAAAGCCGAGACCGAUGAUGACAAUGAUGACGACGACGAGUUCGAAGACAUUCCAAUCGAAGGCCUGAACAGAUUACCCACGAAGCGUUCCAAUAAUGAAGAGGUGGCUGACCAGCUCACCAAGCAAAGGCGCGUUAUUUAUCAGUCGAAACGGGCAGGAGCAACGAGGCCAGGUGGUGCAAGGAGGAAGCCAACGAAAAAGCCGGCCAAACAGGCGGACACCCUCUUCGUGCAAAGUAGUGAGGAUGAGAACGCUGAACAGGAUGACGAGGCGGAGGAGUGGGAAGCUGUCGACGGCCAGGAUGAUCUCUUCGGUGAGAACGAGCAACCACCAUCUGAGGACGAAGACCUGCGCAAGGCCAUUGCAAUGUCCAUGGAGAAGGACCAUGCCGCGGAGACAGCUCAACCUGAGGCUGCAGGAUCUGAUGGCGAAGAGAAUGACCUACUCGAGGUGUUCCACCAGAAGGCAGCUGACGAGGCCAAACCGCUGCCAAAAGGUAGCGGCAGAGCAAUCGCAAACAUCGUGAAUAGGCGUGCAUUCAAUGCCGCUCCGGAAAGCCGCGAGAUCACAUUAUUUGGUGUACCCACCGAGAGGCCCGAGUCGAGCGACGACGAUGACGAUACAAUGGACUUCCAGGCUGCGCUGGCUGAGAGUCGUAAGAACAAGCGAAGAACAAGUCCUCCUCGCCGUGCACCAUCCCCUGCAAAACCUGCAGCCCCCAGCGAGAUCGCCAAAAAGGCUGGUUUCAGUGGCCCCCUCCCAUUCGAAAAGCUUGAUCUCGGCACUUCACUGUUGGGAAAGAAGAAGAUGCAAGAGCGGACCGAGGAGAUUGCUGGUGGUUUCGAGAAGCCGGGGCUGGAAGAGAAGCAGAAGAAAAAGGCAGAGCCUCUACCGCCGUGGUUCAACGCCGAUGUCGAGGAGAACAUGAAGGCGCAAAGGCUGCUCGAGGCUGAGGAUCGCGAGAAGGCUAAGCAAUUCAGCAAACAGUUUCGCUUUGAGGAGAAAGGUGGCAGUGCAUUGCAUCGAGCAGAUACGAACGAAGUCAUCGAUUUGGAUGCUGAAAACUUCAACAAAAGCUUCAGGAGCGGCGAAGUAAUUGAUCUUGAUGGUGAAGAGUUGGGGGAUUUCGUUCCGGUCACCACAGAAGCUCAACAUUCUCCUACUCCCGACAAUGGGUCGAAUGACAUCUUGAUACCGGGAACAUCGCCCAAUGAGGACAACGACGAGCUGGCUGAAGAUGUACGCGCUGAGCCGCCACAGCCGCCUGCUGCUACAGAGGUCGAGGCAACAGCUGAUGUGGCUAACGCUGCGAUCCCGCUCAAUGAACCUUCGAAGCCGGUAGCGCCUUCGAUGCCAGUCGAAACCCAUCAAAAGAGCAGGUCGGAACCGACCCCUGCUGCACAACAGCCUGAGAACGUGGACGAGGAGGAGGACGAGGAAGUCAUAGAUUGGAGUGAAAGCGACCAUGAGUCCGACAAUGUCAAAGCCAGCAAGUCUACGGAGGCCAUCACUGCGCUGAGAGCAGAGCAACAAGUUCGUGAAGCGUCGCGUUCCCCCUCUGCAGAGUUCGAGGACGUCCCCAUGGACGCUCCAGUUGAGCCGGAGGAACCCAUUUUGAAUGCACCGGAGGCUGGGAUCGAGGAUGAGCCCCCUCCAGACCUGGACAUCGAACCGGCGGUUUAUCUCGACGACGACGAUGAGUUCGACGACUUUUCGGAUCCAGAAGAAGAGGCUAUGCUUCACGCGCUGACACUCGAAGCGGAAGAACACGCCAGAUUCGCCAGUCAACUGAACCACAAGUCCCAAGCACAAAAUCAUCAGGACUACGAAAGAGAGCUCAAACAGCUUCGCAACCAGCAGAAGAAAGACCGUCGAGAUGCGGACGAGGUCACUCACAUCAUGAUCACGGAAUGUCAAGCACUUCUACGGCUCUUCGGUCUCCCAUACAUCACUGCGCCAAUGGAAGCCGAAGCGCAGUGCGCUGAAUUGGUCAAGCUCGGUCUCGUUGAUGGUAUUGUCACCGACGACUCCGAUUGUUUCCUCUUCGGUGGUACGCGCAUCUACAAGAACAUGUUCAACCAGGCGAAGUUUGUCGAGUGCUAUCUCACUUCAGAUCUUGAGAAGGAGUUCGACUUGACCCGCGGUAAGCUGAUCUCUGUCGCUCAUCUACUCGGUUCGGAUUACACAGAAGGCUUGCCGGGUGUCGGUCCUGUGACUGCUCUCGAAAUCAUCUCCGAAUUUGGAUCAUUGGACAAUUUCAAGACAUGGUGGUCCGGCGUGCAGAUGAAUCAGAUCCCCAAGUCUGAAGACGCUGACAAGCCUUUCCGGAAGAAGUUCCGUCGCAACGCAACGAAGAUAUUUCUUCCUCCGAGCUUCCCUGACGCCCGCGUCGACAUCGCCUACCAGGAGCCCGAGGUCGACUCUGAUGCGCAGGCGUUCCAAUGGGGUGUGCCAGACUUGGACGCUUUGCGCUCAUUCCUCAUGGCAACGAUCGGAUGGAGUCAGGAACGCACGGACGAGGUGCUCGUACCGGUGAUCAAGGACAUGAACAGAAGACUGGACGAAGGCACACAAGCAAACAUUACAGCUUUUUUUGAUGGAAGUGUGGGAGUCGGUGCGGCUGGCGUAGGCGGUGGUGAAGGCUUUGCUCCUAGAAAGAAGGCGGAGGGCAGCAAGAGGAUGGGCAACGCGCUCAAUCGAAUGGCCGAACGGGCCAAGCUGGAUCGCAAUGUCCCUGUGACCGACACUGCGAAUGGAAGCACAUCAGCUGCGAACGAUGCGGGUCCAUCGUCAACCUCAGGUCGUACAGCGAGAGGCCAGAAGAAGCGCAAAUCGACGAAGUCUGCUGAGGAAUCGGCACUGGGUUCUGAUGGCGAGGACGGCAGUGACUUCGAGCAACCCAAAAAGAAGAAGAAGCAGACGCGAAAACGUGCAAAGCGUGGCACGCAAGAUUGA